AUUAAAUUGAAUCUUCCGCGAAUUUGUUUAUCUUUAUCAAUGUUCUUACGGAAUGGCAGGAAAAGAAGAGGGAAUCGAUGGCGUUUACUCCGUGCGCCUGGUGAUCGCGGACUUCUACAUGGAAAAGCCGCAGUUCGGCCUGGAUCCUUGCUAUUCGGAGUUGCGCGGUAAGGAGAUCAAUCGGGUUCCAGUGAUUCGGAUUUUCGGUGGCAAUUCUCGCGGACAAAAGACUUGCAUGCAUGUACACGGCGUGUUUCCGUACUUCUACAUUCCGUACGACAAAAAGGACUUUGAAUCGCUGGAUAGAGGCAUCCUGCAGAUCGCCAUGCACCUGGACAAGGCCAUCAAUAUAUCUCUGGGCCAGGGAGGUUCCAAUUCACAGCAUGUGUUUAAAAUCCAGCUGGUCAAGGGAAUACCUUUCUAUGGCUACCAUCGCGUGGAGCAUCAGUUCCUUAAAAUAUAUAUGUUCAAUCCGCGCUUCGUGCGACGCGCCGCCAAUCUCCUUCAGAGCGCCGCCAUCCUGAGCAAGAACUUCAGUCCGCACGAAUCGCAUGUGCCCUACAUUCUGCAGUUCAUGAUCGACUACAAUCUGUACGGAAUGAGCUACUUGCAUGUGCCGCUGGAGGUGCUUAAGUUCCGGCGCAGUCACGAAGAUGACGAAAUCCCCUAUGCGAAUAUCAAGCCCGCUCAACUGCUAGACACCAUAAGCGUAAAGAAAGUAUCAUGCAGCGCACUAGAGGUGGAUGUCAGCUCCAACUUCAUACUGAAUCGCUUCCAGUUGGUGACCAAGAGCAAGGGCAAUCACACCAAUCCGGGCAUCGAAGCCAUAUGGAAUGAUGAGAACUUGCGUCGACAGAAACUGGUGGAAAAACACAACACUGCUGGCGAUGAGGAGAAGGCCCAAGCGGUGCCAGUUUUGCAAUUGCCGCCAACGCAGGAGCGUUCCCAAAUAGAAAUCGCCGAAAGUGAUGUCUUCUACCGCACCGCCUUGGAAAGCAAAUUAAUGACCCUGGAGCAGUCUUCAUUGUCAGAGCAAACGCUGUCGGAUCAGACGACCAUUGCUAAUGUCACCAUGCAGACCACUUUGCCCAGCAGCAAGGAGCAAAGACGCACUUUUAAUUUGCAAAAACUCCUUGCCAAUGCUGUUUAUCCUGAGGAAUGCUCACAGGAUCAACAGCAACAAUUGGUUAAUGCUUCCUUUAUUCAGAACCAUGUGGCCUGCAACAACACGAGCAAUAUUAGUCUACCAGUUCAGAAAGAUGAGACAGAGUUCAUGGACGGAACCUUGGUGGACGAGGAGUUAAUCCUUAGCCUCACACAGCCUCAAGGAGCGAUGCCUCACGAUGCUACCUUGAGGGAGGAAGAUUUGGAACUAUUAGAUGCCUUGCAGCAGCUGGAGGAACAAAAUGAAAGUGAGACCCAUGUUGAUUUGGAUAGCUCAUUGGCACCUUUGUCGCAGCAGCACAAAAGUUUUGAAUUGACUCCCGAGCUGUUGGAUAAACAGACAGCAGCUGCUGCUGUUGGGUCGCAUGCGCUGUCUGACGAGGAUUCCGACUCCGACGAGGAUGCGGGCCAGGGCAACCGACAUGACUUCUCCACUGUGCUGGAUGAUAUCGAUGAAUUGCUGCUCAAGUUGACUCAAAGCCAGCCAGGAAUUAUGGAGUCCGAAAAACUUGAUCCUUUAAAGAAACUGCCUCAAAUCGAUGGAGCUGAUGAUCGUUUACAGCGGACUCCCAAGAAAUUGAGUAACGACAAGUCGAAGACAAGUCCUCCAAGGACUCCCACUACUCCAAAAGGUCAAGCAAGACUGUUAAAGUCGCCACGCACUCCGAAAACCAGCGCGGCCAAGAAAUAUGCCCCAUUGCCUUUGACAAUUGGAAGUAAUUCAGCAAAGAAAAACCCUGCAGUAGUUGCAGAAAGAUCCCUCAAUCCUCGGCUAAGUUUGCAGCUUGAUCAAGGAACAGGAACUCAUGGAACACCAGGCCCAGAAUUAUCAUUGCGAAAGAAACUGGCCAUGACGGAACUGCGUCGAAAAAGUGUUGAUGAAUCGAACAGCUUUAUCUGUUUAAAGAAUGAUAGUACUCCCGUGCGGAAAACUAGGCGAUCAAUGCGCAAUCUGGACAAGACGCAUGUUAUUUGCUCCCUGACCCCACGAGACAAGAAUCCCGGAUUUUCUGACAUGUUCGAAACAGCGGAUGGCGAGGAAAUAUCUAAAGUGGAAGAGAUAAAAAAACCGCGAAGAAGUGGCCGUCACAAGGAUAAGGAUUGUCCAGACAGGGAAGCACCUCGCAUAUCGGAGGACAUUGCGUUGGAUAAUGUAAAACCAAGACGAAGUACCCGUAAUCAGAAAAGCUUGAAAAACGCCGAAGAGAACUUUAGUGAUCUUCAAGAAACAACACCACGCAGAAGUAUUUUAUGUCGCUCUAAAGUUUCUCAGAAAUUGAGACUUGAAAAUAACGCAGAGGUUCAACCAAAUCCAUGCCAAGUAGAAAGUGUGCAACAGAAGGUAAAUAACGCUAGUCAAACUCGAAAAGUAAAUACGGGAAAAAAUAGAAAGUUAGAGGAUUCAGAAGACAGUCCCGUGCAAAAACAAACAAACAUUGUAAAGCAGUCAAAAGAUCUUAAAAAAGGGGAUGAGAAGAUUGCAAAUGAAAUAAAUUCAGCAGAAAUGUUCAUGCAUGACUCUUUAGGAAACUUACCUGUCCAUGAAUAUGACAAACUACUUUCCAAGAAACCGACUGGAAAUCAGUCUGCAGAUCAAUCAAAUUCUGAAAAGAAAUUAAAUGGAGUAGUUAAAACAACCUUUACUGUAGAUAAAAACCAACCUUCCAAGGAAUCGACUGCAAUUCCUUCUGCAGAUGAAGUAACUCCCGAUGAUAACGAGCAACGCGUUCCAAGCGAAGAUGAGGCCAUAGAGUCCGACACAGAAUCAGAUAAUAUGGUCACCAAACUACGGAAAACUCCUAAUUUGAGGCGAUUGCGAAGGAGUUUUCGUUCGGAGCUGCUAAACAAACAACUAACUCCGAGUUCAAGCAAAGCACCACCUGAUAUUCAGACCACUCCUCUCUUGAGCCCCAAAAGCAAUGAAAGCCAAACUCCAGAGCUAAUGAAAAGCUUCUACGAGCACUCACUUAUUGUGAAUAGUCCAUCGGUCUUUAGUGACAUGCUGGAUAGCCCCAUGCCGGCCAUGGAGUCUCCUGUUCCUCCGCCUCCACUUUCCACCGAUAAUUCCUUUGUGAUUGCCCCCUUGGAGCUCCCGCCAUCCUACGAUGAAGUGGUUCGCGGUUGCCGCAAAAUGGACAUACCCGAGUAUGAGUUUCAGCAGCCUUUCUACAGUAAACCCGCCGAUGUGAGCAAGGUGACUGAGGUGGGCUUCAUAGUGCUUCACAUCCCGGGAAACAAGCUAAACGACUGCGAGCCUUUCCAAAGCGUACUGGGCAACGACAUAGGGUUGUCCGCUUGGCGGCGUCAGCAGCUGAUUGCCAUCGGUGGACCGGCAAUGUUGCAGCGACAUCGAGGCGAGCAAAGGGUGCGAGAGUACUUCAGCAGUGGACAGAGAGUAGCAAUCAAACCCGCUCAGCUCGCACCCUCCCGGCAAGAGGCCAAGAUCUGGUUGAAGGCCAAGGAACUGCUCCGCCAGCGGGAGGAACCGACUAAGUCAAACGACGACAUAGACAGCCCCAUCAAGAUCAAGCGCCAGAAGGUCACCAUGAUGCUGCAGGCAGAAGGAGGCGAUGCUGCGAGUGGCGACGAAGAUGCUGGCGAAGACUUCGAGUGCAGUCUCAGCCUCACGCCAAUGUCCCAGGCGAAGGAUAAAGCUAAGGGAACCCCUAUUAGUAGCAAAGGGAAAGGAACGACAAAGAGUUCCGUUAGAAAGGGAACUAAGUUGAACUUCAAAGAAUCCCAGGAGGAGGAACCAAUUAGCUCCCAGUCUAGCGAACAAAGCGUUUCCAGUAGCGCUGCCCGCGCAGUGCUUGAGCGGAGCUCUUUUCUGCGCCAGCUGGAGGGAGGUAGCCAGGAGCAGCAGCACGAUCUCAGUUUUGGACUCAGCCAUGCCACAUUGGACAAUACGUUCGGGUUCAAGGUUAACUUGGAGAACCUGCAGCAGGCUAAGGCGGACAUUGAUUGCAACCACCUGACCAUAAUGACAUUGGAGGUUUUUGUGUCCACGCGAGGUGAACUCGAACCGGACCCUAUGUUUGAUGAGAUUCGCUGUUUGUUCUACGCCAUCGAGCACAGCUUGCCGGAUGAGAAUCUGCCGAGCAAAGCCUGCGGAUACAUAAUGGUAAAUAAUGCCCAGGACUUGCUUAGAGAAGGGACUAUCCAUGGCCUGGAUCGGGAUAUUGAGGUGCAAGUGGUGGCUAGUGAAGCGGAGGCAUUUGAGGCUUUGCUGGUCUUGUGUAGUCGCUGGGAUGCGGAUAUCUAUGCCGGCUACGAGAUCGAGAUGUCCUCCUGGGGCUUUGUGAUCGAUCGAGCCAAGCAUCUGUGCUUCAACAUCGCUCCUCUGCUGUCGCGAGUUCCAACACAGAAGGUGCGGGACUUUGUGGACGAGGAUCGGGAACAGUUCACUGAUUUGGACGUGGAGAUGAAACUAUGUGGUCGCAUUCUGCUCGACGUGUGGCGUCUUAUGCGCUCGGAGAUCGCCUUGACUUCAUACACCUUCGAGAACGUGAUGUACCAUAUUCUGCACAAGAGAUGUCCUCGGCACACUCCGAAGUCACUCAGCGAAUGGUUCGCGUCGCCUUGCACCCGGUGGAUAGUGAUGGAGUACUUCUUAGAGCGGGUGCGGGGCACCUUGGCUCUCCUGGAUCAGCUGGACCUGCUGGGAAGAACAAGCGAAAUGGCCAAGCUCAUUGGCAUCCAAUUCUACGAAGUGUUGUCGCGUGGCUCGCAGUUUCGCGUUGAGAGCAUGAUGCUGAGAAUUGCCAAGCCCAAGAACCUGGUGCCACUUUCGCCCAGCGUCCAAGCCCGAGCUCAUAUGCGUGCUCCCGAGUACUUGGCGCUCAUUAUGGAACCGCAGUCGCGCUUCUACGCCGAUCCGCUGAUCGUCCUCGACUUCCAGAGCUUGUACCCCAGCAUGAUCAUCGCCUACAACUACUGUUUCUCCACCUGCUUGGGUAGAGUGGAGCACCUGGGCGGGAAUUCACCCUUCGAGUUUGGUGCUUCGCAGCUGCGGGUUUCUAGAAAAAUGUUGCAGAAGCUUUUGGAGCACGACCUAGUCACAGUUUCACCUUGCGGGGUGGUGUUUGUAAAGCGCGAUGUGCGCGAGGGCAUCCUGCCACGGAUGCUCACCGAGAUCCUGGACACUCGACAAAUGGUCAAGCAAUCGAUGAAGCUGCACAAGGAUAGCUCUGCACUGCAACGGAUUUUGCACUCCAGACAAUUGGGUCUGAAACUGAUGGCCAAUGUCACCUAUGGCUACACGGCAGCCAACUUCAGUGGCAGGAUGCCUGCGGUGGAAGUGGGUGACACGGUGGUGUCCAAAGGUCGGGAAACUCUGGAGCGGGCCAUUAAACUGGUGGAGGCCAACGAGGAGUGGAAGGUGCGUGUCGUCUACGGCGAUACGGACUCUAUGUUUGUGCUUGUGCCGGGUAGAAAUCGAGCCGAAGCCUUUCGCAUUGGGGAGGAGAUUGCCCAAGCCGUCACCGAGAUAAAUCCGCACCCAGUGAAGCUGAAGCUGGAGAAGGUGUACCAACCGUGCAUGCUGCAGACCAAGAAGCGCUACGUGGGCUACAUGUAUGAAACAGCCGAUCAAGAACAGCCCGUCUACGAGGCCAAGGGAAUUGAGACAGUGCGCCGCGAUGGCUGUCCUGCGGUGGCCAAAAUGCUGGAGAAGGUGUUGCGGCUCCUUUUUGAGACGCAGGACGUCAGCCAGAUCAAGCAGUACGUGUGCCGGCAGUUCACCAAGCUGCUCUCGGGAAAGGCCAAUCUGCAGGAUCUGAUCUUUGCCAAGGAGUUCAGAGGACUUAAUGGUUACAAACCAACGGCCUGUGUGCCAGCACUGGAACUUACACGAAAAUGGAUGCAGAAGGAUCCACGACAUGUGCCGCGCCGCGGUGAACGAGUGCCUUUUAUAAUAGUAAACGGACCGCCGGGCAUGCAGCUCAUCCGCCUGGUUCGCAGCCCACACGACAUCCUGGCCAACGAGGGCCACAAGAUCAACGCCAUCUACUACAUCACCAAGGCGAUUAUCCCACCGCUGAACCGCUGCCUGCUGCUCAUCGGGGCCAAUGUGCACGAUUGGUUCGCUGGUCUGCCACGGAAGUUGCUAGUGACCCCGGCGGUGGGAACGGCCAACGAAUUGGCCGGAGCAAGGGGCGCCAAGUCCACCAUCUCACAGUAUUUCUCCACCACCAACUGUGUAAUCGACUGUGGCCGGCAAACUAAGGCUGGCAUUUGUCCCGAUUGUCUUAAGAAGCCAACCAAAUGUGUAAUUGUGCUCUCGGAUAAGACAGCGCGUUUGGAGAGGCGCUACCAGCUCACGCGACAGAUCUGCCAAGCGUGUUGCGGACGACUGGGUGGCAUCCAGUGCAAUUCCCUCGACUGUCCUGUACUUUAUGUCUUGGAGGGGAAGCGGCGGGAACUCCAGCAAAUUGAACACUUUCAAAAGCUGCUGGACGAUCACUUCUAAA